AAGUCCUGUUUUGUUCACAACUAUCACAGUGCCACCUGGUGAAUUGACGUGGCAUUCUCGCAAGUAAACAAACUUCAUUCUUCAAUAAACGGAUUAUGCUCCGGAAUUGAUAUUUAGUUCAUAAUCAAUAUGAGGAAUGCUCUACACUUGCUAGCGUUUUUUUCAUUAUUUGUUUUAUCCACCAGAGGAGAUGAGCACACUCAUACAUAUACAGAGCUGGAAGAAGUUGUUCUUUGGAUGAACACAGUUGGGCCAUACCACAAUCGUCAAGAGACGUAUGCCUACUUCUCCUUGCCAUUCUGUGUUGGCCCUAAGGAAGAAAUCAGCCACUACCAUGAAACUCUGGGGGAAGCUCUUCAGGGAGUCGAGCUUGAAUUCUCAGGACUUGACAUUGAUUUCAAAGGGGACAUAUCCAAAACUGAAUACUGUGAAAUUGAUCUCAAUGAGGAGAGACUGCACACUUUCAUCUAUGCUGUCAAGAACCAUUACUGGUACCAGAUGUACAUUGAUGAUCUGCCCAUCUGGGGAAUUGUUGGUGAGAUCGGUGAAGGCCAGGAGAACUUCUACUUGUGGACUCACAAGAAGUUUGACAUUGGUUACAAUGGCAAUAGAAUCGUAGAUGUCAACCUCACAUCAGAAGCUAAGGCUGAACUCAAAGCAGGAACUAAGAUCAAAUUUACUUAUGAAGUCAACUGGAAACCCUCAACUGUCAGCUUCGAGGACAGAUUCAACAAAUAUCUUGACCCUAACUUCUUUCAGCACAGGAUUCACUGGUUCAGCAUCUUCAACUCCUUCAUGAUGGUCAUAUUCCUUGUUGGUCUGGUCUUCAUGAUUCUAAUGCGCACUUUGCGCAAAGAUUAUGCCCGCUAUUCCAAAGAUGAAGAAAUGGAUGACAUGGAACGUGACCUCGGCGACGAAUACGGCUGGAAGCAAAUACAUGGCGACGUGUUCAGAAGCCCCGCCCACCCCCUGCUCUUCUCCGCCCUCAUAGGCACCGGCCACCAGCUGUUCGUGGUCGCCCUCUUGGUCAUCGGACUCGCCAUCGUAGGAGAGCUCUACACAGAGCGCGGUUCCAUGGUCAGCAUUGGCAUCUUCAUCUACGCUGCAACUAGUCCUCUCAACGGCUACUUUGGUGGCUCUCUUUAUGCCAGAAUGGGCGGUCGCCGAUGGAUCAGGCAGAUGUUGGUGUCAGCGUUCCUACUGCCGGGGCUCGUGUGCACUACGGCCUUCUUUAUCAACUUCAUCGCUCUGUACUACCACGCUUCACGCGCCAUUUCCUUCACAAUCAUGUUGUCAGUUUUAUCGCUGUGCACGUUCGUGAUCUUGCCGCUGACGCUGGUUGGCACGGUGUUGGGCCGGAACUUGGCAGGCCAGCCGAACUCGCCGUGCCGUGUGAACGCCGUGCCGCGCCCCAUCCCUGAAAAGAAGUGGUUCAUGGAACCCUGGGUCAUAGUGCCCCUAGGAGGCGUCCUACCAUUUGGCUCCAUCUUCAUAGAAAUGUACUUUAUCUUCACGUCAUUUUGGGCAUACAAGAUAUAUUACGUGUACGGCUUCAUGCUGCUGGUGGUGCUGCUGCUACUGGUGGUCGUUGUGUGCGUGACCAUCGUGGCCGCGUACUUCCUGCUCAAUGCUGAGGACUAUCGCUGGCAGUGGACGUCCUUCUUGGCCGCCGCCUCCACUGCAGGAUACGUCUACCUCUACGCCACUUACUACUUUUUCUUCAAGACCAAGAUGUACGGCCUCUUCCAGACGUCCUUCUACUUCGGGUACAUGGCGCUGUUCAGUGCAGCGUUGGGGCUGCUGUGCGGCACCGUGGGCUACGUCGGUUCCAAACACUUCGUCAACAGAAUCUACUCUACAGUGAAAAUUGAUUAAAAACUUUGAUGCAUUUCUAGUAUACUACCAGUUGCAAUCGAUUGGUGUCUCCUGGUAGAGCUGUCAUUUUCCAAGUAUUUUCCGAUGUGUGUCUUGCUAGGGAAUUUGGUCGUAAUGAAUUUUAUGCUUGAUCGAGUCCGUUUGGCACCAAAAGUGGCUAGUCCUUUUUAUCUCUUCUAGUUGUGAAUUUAUUGUGGAAAAUAGUUACUUUUCCAGCCAAAAUUCAGUGUGGUCAUGUUGUUUAUUAACUCUUCACUUUAUUUCUGUUCGCAAAUCUAAGCAAAACGUAUCUUAGUGUUAUCCUACUGAUCUGUGAAUUUGUUUAACUUGGUUGUUGGAGGAGAGCAAAUGCCGUUCUCCUUUACCUUGGUUUUAAAUAGCGCUUAGUUCAUAACUAGACUCGAUGUUUGGUUGAAAGAGGUUUUCUUAUACUGUCUGCACAUUAAAUUCUGACCAGGAAAGUUCAAUAAUGCCGUCAGAAUUGUUGAAAGUUGCUGGCACUCGUUACAAGGAAACAGCAUGUCUAACAUGUUUGAAUAUCCAGUUUUAUUAAGCCGGGAGCAGUGUUUCAUUACUAGAUUAAGUAAAUACCUUCGCCGUCUUGGAUUUGCUUCCAGGCUGGAUAAUGUUGGUGUGCGUUCAGUGCAUCGAGUGUGAAAUCGCUGAAUAAUCUAUCCAAUAUUCUUCGAAGUUGUUGGUGAUGAAGUUCAUGUUACGAGGUGUACAGCCCAGUACGCUGCAGAGUACUAGAAUUUUGAAUUGCAACUUCGAAGCUAAACACGUCAGAACUACCAUGUAUUUUUACCGUUAUUUUCAGCAUUUAUGAAUGCCUUCUUUAAAACCAACCGUACAGCUUUCAAAUCGUAUUGCACCGGUAUGUGUUUUUUUUACUAGUGCAGAACUUUCUCUACGGCUUCACAAUCUACUGACAGGAUCCAGUUGGCUGUACAGUUUUCUUUGAACUUGUUCGGCGGUGGAUCUAAUGAUACAGCUUUGCAUCGUCGUCGAGAUACUUUAUUCUUUCUUUAUGCUUUGAUUUGAUUCAAUUUAGGGAAGAUUACCAUGCAUUGUUUCUUCCUGCAAGUCAAACUUUGGUAUAGUCUGCUGCAUUUGUGAUACUUUAUUCAGAUCGAAUGCUUAUUUAGCGAGAAAUUGUGUUUCUAUGUGUCCUUUGGACAUCAGUGUACGUGUAAAUAUUUGUUCACUAUUAUGAUGGGUAUUAUUUUCGUUAUGUUCAUUAUGUGUAGCCAUAAUGGAAAUCAGUUGGAAGAUUCCGAGAAGCAUGUGUGUUAUUUAAACUUCUAUUACCAGGUAACGUGAUCUUCAGUUUCCGCUACCAGUAUUCCUGUAUUUUCACGCUUUUUUGGUCCUUUAGCUUACACCUGUUUUUAUACGAAAAUAUUCUGGUGAAUUCUUAUAGAAUUGUACUUUUAUGAAGCUAUUAGCAGUUUUUUUGUGUCGUGCACGAGUGCUGCUAUUCAAUCUGGUGAACGCAGCUUAUGUGACGGAUUCGCCGUUAACGUUCCUGGAAUUGUGAUGGCACAAUGCCCACAAGUUUCUGCUGUUAUUAAAACAUUUGAAUUCAG